GGAAGGGGCGUGUGUGUAAGAUGGCGGCGCUCAGCGCAUGGGUCCGUACACGGGUGCCGCGGGCGCUGUGGGGCUGCCGCGCUCGGCGGGGGCUCGGGCAGGACGCGGCGGCCGCGGGCGGAGGAAAAGCCGCCAAGCCUUCCUUCACGGAUGAAGCGGUUCAGAAUCUGCUGUACAAAAUGACGGGGCUCAACCUGCAGAAGAUUUUUAGGCCGGUGAAAAAGGAGCUUAAGCCCCCCACGUACAAGCUGAUGACAGAAGCUCAGCUGGAAGAGGCCACAAGGAAAGCCAUUGAGGAAGCUAAAGAAAGACUUGCCAUGCCCCCUGUUUUGGAUGAACGAAAGCCAAUUGAUGAUGUCUUAGCAGAAGACAAAUUACUUGAAGGAACUGAAACUACAAAAUAUGUCUUUACAGAUUUAACUUACUCGGUUCCACAUCGUGAACGUUUCAUUGUAGUUAGGGAACCAAAUGGUGUGUUACGCAAAGCAACGUGGGAGGAACGGGACAGAAUGAUCCAGAUAUUCUUCCCAAAAGAAGGACGCAGAGUUAUUCCCCCAGUGCUAUUUAAGGAUGAACACCUUGGGAGUGUGUUUCAGCAAGACCGUCAUGAGGAUCUCCUCAACAUGUGCAUUGCUCAGUUUGAGCCAGAUUCACCUGACUAUAUCAGAGUUCAUCAUCGGACAUAUGACGACAUUGAGAAACAUGCCAAAUACGAUCUGCUCCGUUCAACAAGACACUUUGGAGGCAUGGUGUGGUAUCUAGUCAACAGAAAGAAAACGGAUGGCUUACUAAUAGAUAUGAUCAACAGAGACUUGCUGGAUGAUGCUACGAGUUUAAUUACACUGUAUCACAUGCUUCAUCCUGAAUGUCCAUCAGCAAAAGAAGCUAAGGAAGGGAAACUUCAAGGAGUUGAUCUGAUCAAGGCAUUUGCAAAAACUGAAUCGCAGAGAGAAGGCUAUAUACAACUGGCCCUUCAGGCUUAUGAAGAAGCAAUGGCUACUUCUACAGCAUCAUGAAAUCAACCUUUGUUCCCCACAAGUUUUAAGUCUGUUUAUAAAUAUUCUCUGUACAGGAUUCCACAAUAAAUACUUCAAACAACUCA